CAGUGAUGUGAGCCUGUCUCUCUUUCUCUCUCUCUUAUAAAAACUGUCAAGACUUUUACAACAAAAAGGUUUCUUUUGAAGAUACGGAUGGUGAACUUUUCUGUGGAGUUUUUGUUGUUGAAUAGAAAUCGUUUGGGUCGACAUAAAGGACAUAAACAUCCACGUUUCCUUGAAGCUAUCAUGCUGAACACAGAGGAAAGUUCUUGGUUAGCGGGGUCCAGGCUGACCAGCUCAAUCCCUCAGGCUCCAGGGCCUCUGUGGUGCUCCGAUGCCCCUCACCCACAGCUGAAGAUCCCGGGUGGGCGAGGGACUGUGAGGGAUCACUCUCUCGGCGUGCUACUCCACAAGGAUGAGAAGUUAACUGUGACGCAGGUCGCUCCAGUCAGUGGGAACCCCUCUCUUCUCCGCUUCCACUACCAGCUCAGUGAGCGCCGCUCGGCCUUCUGGGAAACGGCUCUAUCUGACGACAGCCUUUUCCUGGAGAUUCCUGCCGGUCCGCUGGUGGAGGGGAGUAAAGAAGGGCUAACCGCUCUGCUCGAGUUUGCGGAAGAGAAGCUCAAAGUUAACUACGUAUUCCUGUGGUUCCAUAAAAGCAGAGAGGAUCGAAUGUCCAUCAUCAAGACUUUCCAUUACAUGGGCUUUGAGAUUGUGAAGCCGGGAAACCCCAUGGUACCGGCCCGGCCCGACCUGGCCUUCAUGGUUUACUCUCUGGAAAACAGCAGCUCAGACGAGGAGUGACUGCCUCCCUGACAUCUCCCUCACCCACCCGUACCUCCUUCCCUUCCUCCCUCCCUCCUUCCCUCCCUCGCCCCCGAUAAAAACACACCUUCUACCUUUUUUUAUCUCCCUAAAACAAUCAAAACCGCCUCAACUCCUCCUGCUCCUCACCCUCAGAAAUAAUUCAGCGCUGACUGGGAGGUGUCAUCUUUCUUUUUCAUUUUCGACUUUUUGUCGACUUGUAAUUAAAGGGGGUGUUUUGGGAAUAGUAGGAGCUCCAUGUGACGUAGACACCCCCUGCUCCCCCCCCCCUUUUCCUCUCACCCCCAUGAGGACAAACUGCAGAUUGGAGAAACUGGGAGCGGCGUAGCUUGAACUAAAUCGUCACAUGCAUCUUUGGGAUUUCGGCUUUUUCUUUCUCCUGCUUGGUGUUUCUUUUUUUUUUUUGGCCGCUUUAUUCGUUUGUGCCGCCAUCAACAAGACAAACAACUGUUUGACAUUCAGGAGAAAAGGUGUUUUUACAUUAAAAUUCAGCAUAUCUCUUCUCUGACAGCUUCUACCUUUUUUUUUUUUUUUUAUAAGAAGAGACUUUGGUUUGUGUGCAGAGCUGUAUACCAUGCAAGCUGUGUUGGUAGGGGUUAAAAAAGGGGAUCAUGGGUUUGGUAUGGUCAAUAAAAUGUUUUGCUUUAUAAUAUAGAUGGGUGAAAGCCUGAUCUGUUGCAUUUAACACUGACGCUCAUGUAAACAUUUUCUUUUUUUUCUUCCUAUGAUAUGUCGAGGCACCAUUCCAUCAUUCGCGCCGCUCAUCAUCUGCCCAAAACAAACGAGCCACAGAUAUUGAAAAAUCCCUCGUUAAGUCUCUCCAGACGAGUCAAAGCUGUGGAGAAGUCUGCGUCUGUCCUCCUCGGCUCAACAGUCAGCCCCGUCGAGCUGACGCUGUGAGGUAUCGACGAGCCGGAGAGGACGACGGUCGUUUCGCUUUGCAUGUCGCACACAUUUAUUAUUUUUUUUCAAAGAUCAUAAGCUAAAUAACGGUUGGUUAAAAAACAGCAAGAUUGUCAAAGAGGUGCUCCACGUUUUGCUAUAACUUACCAAUUAAAAUUCACAGAUAAUGUUUGAUGUUUUGGUCAAACGUAAAAGCGCUAGUUUGUUCCUCUUGUGUAUUGACGUUACAUUCGAGCCACAAAGCAAAACUAUCGGUUAUGAUUGUUUAACAAAUCCAAUUUUUUAAAACAACUUUAUUGUGCAUCUUUUGUAGCACAUUAACAGUCUGAUAUCACAUCUAACAUUACAAAAACAACACGUAAGAACAUCUAAACACACUAUAUUAGAUGCUACUUAAACAAACAAAAGGAAUAAAUCACUAAAAAUGAUUUGAAAUAAUUAAAAUAUCACUUACUGCUGUUGUGAGGACAUUUCCAGAAUCCUCAGACACUUUAAAUCACCUGGA